AUGGGCGAAACCACAUUGCUUCCUGAGGAGGCCUUGACGUUCCCUCGCUUCCCGGACCUACCCGCUGAGCUGCGUCUUAUGAUCUGGAGCUACUCUCUCCCACAUCGCGUUGUGGAGCUGGACAUGUCCACGCAAGCUAUAGGACCUCCAUUACCAUGUGGACUCACCUUGACCUCAACUUUGAAUGGACUCCCACCACUCAUCUCUCGUGUCUGCCGCGAGUCUCGCUCUGUGGCUUUGCAAAGUCGCUCUAUGGUCUCGGAAACAGAGGUCCCAAAAGGAGCCUCUUGA